AUGGAGGGCGGCCCACAGCAGUUCCAUCUGGGCAAGGCACUGGAGGAGACAGGGGACGGGCAGGCCUUGGCUGAAAUCCAGGAGCUGGCCCUAAAGUGGUUCAUGGAGACACAGGCCCCCUCUAUCCUGCAGAACGGAGCCCUGCCCCCCUGGUUUCAUGGAUUCAUCACUCGCAAGCAGACAGAGCAGCUACUCAGGGACAAAGCUCUCGGUUCCUUCCUCAUCCGCCUCAGUGACCGGGCUGUCGGCUACAUCUUGUCUUACAGGGGUAGUGAUCGCUGUCGUCAUUUUGUCAUCAACCAGCUCCGAAAUCGGCGGUACCUUGUCUCAGGAGACACCCUCAGCCACAGCACCCUGGAUGAGCUCCUACGCCAUUACCAGGAGGUGCAGCUUGAGCCUUUUGGGGAGACCCUUGCUGCUGCUUGCCCACGGCUAGAAGAAAAUGAUCUGUACGACGCUAUCAACACAGGCCUCCAGCAGGCUAAUCUAGGCCUGGAAAUUCCAGCCACGGAAUUCCCCAGCAUGGUCCGGGACAAGGCCACCAGUCCUCGCCUUCCUGCAAAGCCCCAGGUCUCCUUCCUGCACACCAAGAAAGCUCAAGAUGCAAGUCCCAGGACUGUUUCGAAUGAGGAAAGUGCAGAGGCACCCACUAGGGUACCCCCCAUCCCCCAGAGGAGUCCCUCUCUUCUGGAUGAGCCUUCUGCAGGCACCAGUGACAUCGUCUAUGCUGACCUAAAGAAGAUGAACCGGCCACAGCUAGGCCUGGGCACAGAGAUAUCUGGCAAGCACAGGCCAGUUCCAGCUGGCAGCCUGGCUUCUUCCCCAGGCAGGGAACCCUCAAAGAAACUCUCAGAUGAAGAUCAGAACAGGCCCAGUAGCCCAGGGCCUGCCUCAUCUGGGGUGAAACCAGACCAGGGCUCUACAAUGCCUUACACUUCCUUAGGCCUUCCCCUGCCCCCCAAUUCUGAGGCCCUGGGAUCACAGCCUACUACUUGGAGACAGGGCUUUCUAAAGCUGAGCCACGAGGCUCAGUCCUCCUCUGAGGCCAGCUCUACGGAUGUCUACCAGCUUGUUGGAACAGCAGGCCUACAACAGGAGGGUAGAGGCAGACCAGACCAAGGAGGCAGUACUUACGAGCAGAUUCCAAACUGCUGGCAUGGUGCUGCCAAGCUGCCAAACCCUGGAGUCAGUCCCACAUACAGUCAACUCUCAGGGCCAAUGGACUGUGGCUAUGAGAAGAUCUCAAGGACCUCUCAGCCCCCACAGCCAGGGAACACCUAUGAGCAAAUCCCAGCCUCCAGGAACAAGGACAGUGGACGGGUGCACAAGCCCGACAAGUUUCGGAGGCUCUUCUUCACAGACAAGAAGCACAAAUUCUGAGGAAGGCCUGGCAUUCAGAGGGUCUCCUGGUACCCACACUACACUGGGGAUUACUGGCUACCCUCAGCUCACACGAAGGUGUAACCCAGCCAGCUACUAUGGAACCAGGCUCUGCGAUGCAGCCUGGGGACCUGUCUGGGAAGACAUGGGAGAGACCUCGCAGCAGCCUGCAACUUCUGGAAUGUUCUCAAUGCAGUCCAUGCACACAAUGAAGGAAAUGAGGCCAGCAAGAGUGGGGACUAACUAAGAGAAGGGUUGGGUGAACAUGGAGAUGCCUGGGCUGACUGAUCAAGCUGGCCUCACACCUCAGAGACUUAACAAGUAUGUGG